AUGGAAUCAUGGCGGGAACGAGGAUUUGUACCGGACUCGGACGCCGAAGGGGAGCUCGACAGUCAGGAUACAAAGGAUGUGAUUCAGGAUGUUGAAUAUGGAGACGAGAUUGUGCUGGUAAAUGCAGUGUCUGCACGUCCCUUAAACGAGACAGUCCCGGCCUCUCAGGAUGAAGAUACCAAUGAGGAACGCCCUUCCUCUUUGGAUGCCAAUGAAGACAAUGAUCGGUUUUCGCAAUCAAGCCAUGAUGUCCUAACUACAGCACUCGCACAAAAUAAUGACGAUGGGGACUUUACGCCGAAGGCAAGAGGGGAAAACAUGGAGCACGCUGCAGGAUUGCAGACGGGGUCCGUGGACGAGGAUACGAUGGUGGAUGAAAGGAUGGAUAACAAUGCAUCUCAAGAACUCUUGGCUGCUCCAGAGUCAAGUCCACCGUCGACGCCGCGGGCCGCGAAACAAAGAGACGUGUGGGACAUUCCGUCGUCUUCUCCGGACGAACUACAGGCCGGCUAUCACCCUUUUCUCCGGAAGCAGGUCCCUAUUUCACCUUCACCAAGGGAACCAACUGAUAGCCAGAGACGGUCAGAAGAUGAUGGCAAUGAUGACCACUCUCCUAUAUCGUCCCCGCCCUCAUCACUUCACUCUUUACCUUUGAAUGAAGCUGAUGGCCAGGUUGACAAGGAUGGGACGGAUCAGCCACCAAGAAAUAAACAAGAGGAUCUGCUAUCUCCGCUCGAAAUCCCAGAAGACGUCCUGCAAGAAUUGGCUCAGCCGUCAAGGAGAUCCCUGCGACAGCGCAAUCCUAUCCAGUUGCAUCCUUACCUACUGGAAGACGCGAAGUAUCAAACUCUUAUGAAGGCAAGAGGCAUCAGGCCAGUACGUAUAGCUCAGUACCAGGAAGCAUUGCGUGUGGCAAAGGAGAGUCAGGGCCAUGAUUUUGUUGAUAAUGCUGAACCACCAUCGAGUAGCCCUACGGCGGGAAUUCCAUCUGCAGAGGUCAGUUUUGGACCUGAGAAGAGCCCUCAGCGUCAUGCACAACAUUUAUCUCCUACCCGGGAGAAUUCUCCAGAUGGUAUUAGGGGCCCGAAGAGACGCAAGAUAUCGAGGCCUGGUGAUCAAUCUCGUCCGCAGCAUUUGGCUCGACCUCAGAUGAUCGUCGAUAAUUCAUCUUCGCCUUUCCAUAUGGAAGAAAAUUCAACCCACAAUGUGCCUCCCAGUCCACCCCGCUCUGGUAGCCCGUCUCCGCAAGUCACACAGACUUUCAAGGAGUUCAAGUUUCCCCGAGGGUUUAUCCCACCGGCGUUAAACAAUCAUAGCUCGUUGCCGAGUCAAGUGGAAAAAGAUGCCGGCGAUGAAGCGCAUGAUAUGGAUUUAUCCGACGGCGGUGACAUCGCUGAUGUCCAGUCGACAGCAACUCAAAGUGACUAUCCUGAUGAAAGAGAUGAGGAUGCGCAUGAAGAAGCUGUAAGGCAACUUCAACGUCGAAUAAAAGGUGUUCUUCCGGCUUCGUGGCUGCGAUUGGACCAACAGAAGCAAAAACACUCUCGGUUGAGCUCUACUCAGCGAAACCAUGACAAAGCAGCUCGGCUGGAGAAUGCGAAGGGCGUUGCCAGAAAAGUCACCAAACGGAAUGAUUCUGCUACACCCUUUAGUGCAAGAGGGCAAUUGGCAUCACUGGAGAACCUUGCUGACCGUGAUAGCAGCAAUGAAAGUGGAGACGAUGAAGUCGGUGGCCACAUUAAUGCCCGCCAGGCAUUAGCUAAUCUAGUAGGCUUUGACGAUCCAUUCCAUGACGAAGAUCUGGGAGAUGAUAUCCUCGAAGACAAUCGCAUUGACUACAUGUUCCCAAUUGCAACACGCGCGACUUCAUCCCGGAGUGAAAACCAGGAAAAGAAGCGGUCGAGGCCAGAAGGGAACAGUGCUCGGAUUAAUACUUACUCUAAGCGAUCUCGCCUAAAAAGACAAACUCGACUUACGGACCCGAUAUAUCCAUCACGAAGCGAAAAACAGCCUGCCCCAGCCCCUCCUAGACUUAGCCUAUUGGAUGCCCCUGAUGUUGCUAAACCUCAAAGCCGACAGCCUCAAUUCCUUAGAGUCGCGGCGCGCAAAGUCCGAUCUCGCCGAGAUAUGGGAAGACAUAGUCCUGGCCGCAAGGUCUUCAGGCUGAGUUCGAGGUUGGACACAGAAGAUGCUAAUGCUUCCUUACGUGAAUGGCAUACAGGGCGCCUUCGACAAACCAAGUUGCCGAAACCCCAGGUGAUGGCUCGGACACGACAACCUUUGAUGGAUCUUGCUACAAAUAAAAGUGAUCGACUCGAUAUUGACCAGGCCCGAGAUACAAUAGAAUACCCUAUAUCUGAUGCUGGAUUCGAGACUCGAUCUGGGGAGAGCGGGACCGUUGAAACCUCAAACACAACACCGACCCCAGCUUCAGGACAUAAUGAUAUACCCCCGAAGUCUGCACAACGUGACCAAGGAAACAAAUGGAUUGUCCGUAGAAAUGUGGCCGUGUCAUCUUUAAAGAGGAAUGUUCCGAGGCCUGUGGCACCAGAGCCAGCUAGUACUGGCAACUAUAUGGGAUCAAGCUCAUUGCCCCUUAAUCGGUCUCUUUCAUUGUUCAUUAGCGGUAACCGUCACAAACACUUGCCCAGGGCUUCACUUCAAAAUCCGGUUAUGCAACGAUUUCUUACCAACCACACUGCCCCUGUUGCCUAUGGUCCCCUAAUCGCCACAGCGAAAACAUCGAGCAAAUUACAUGAUGAACUACCAGGGACCCACGCCCAGGGAUCACGCCGUCAAAGGCGAAAACGGCCUCCUAAACGAUUGGAUGUUAAUAUGGCUGAAAACCAGGAGACGAUUUCGUUUGUGACCCCAGAUCCAGAGCCCUUGGAUGCCAAAAGCAGGGAUAUUCAACCUCGACCCCGAGAUUUUGGUGGUCUCAAAGGGUUCCAGAGCUCAUAUACUAUAGAUUUCAAUGUCUCUCCCCUAUUUCCGGGGACGUUCUUUCAUGAGACUACGUUUAUUGGCAGUACCGAGUUUGCCCAGUCUCUCGAGAUAAGCAAGCGGGACCUAGACAAAGAUGGGGGCUUUUUCUCCAUGAAGGUCGGUCACCAGAGUUUCCGAUGGGGUCCUUGGAAUGAUAGUGUAUCAUCCGAGCUUGGUAUCGCUUUUGACGCCAUAAUUGAGGAUGUCGAAAAGCAUGAAGCGGUCGAGGCUACCGCCGGUCACCUAUGCAGACGAGGGAGCAAUAUAUAUCGAAGCUUAAUUAAAUACGUUACGGAAACGAUGGCUUUCAUCGACCCCAUCGACAGGGUUGGUUUCAUAAAACGAGUCCAUGUCCUUAUUUCCAAGCUCAACGACAACAUAACGCCCGUGUCGUCAAUGCCGCCUCGCGAUCUGGAACACGUUGCAAGCAUUUCUUCUUACAAUCUUGUGUUUGCGAACCAAGCGUUACAAAUAGCUCGCAAUGCUCUUGUUGAUGCAGGCAUUGCAAACGAAGCCUUAGAGCUUGUCAGGGUGGCCUCUCAUCCUGUCAUACUAUUUGUUUCAAGCCCAGCAGGACAGGCAAAUAUUUCCAAUUUUCUCCAAGCCUGCAAGUCCCGUGAAGCGCGGGAAUCAGGGAUCAGAGACAAUUACUCGGUUGUUGAGGCUUAUGUCAUUGUUCAGAAGGUAUUAGGCCGUACAGACCUUCUCAAGUGGUACUUUGGUGAUUUUGUGGCCGAAGCAUACUCAAUACCUAAGGCAGGGGAUUCCGACACUUCGAAAGACAUUGAAGCCCUGGAAAGUAGAUGGCAUCGAAUAUUCAACAUUCUCCCCUUGAGCGAAAUCGACGUUUUUGGAAUUGCACAAGUCGGGUCACGUUUUAAGGAGAGGCAUGACAACUGGUCGGCAAUCCAGGCCUUGCUACGACCGGUGUUAGAUGUCUAUGAUCGCAACUCCGUUACACCUAUCUCGUAUAACAAUUAUUGCCGAGCUCUGCUCCACCGGUGCUUUUACCUCAUUAACAGUUGGGGCUGGCGCGAUUGCAAACCACUCCUGGAUACGCUUUAUGAUUUUUUCGCCAAAAAUACCCUAUACAAUCUGAAACUUGAAGAGAACUACACAUCCCCGGCUUUCCUCGAUGAACUUGACCGCAAUCCUUCUCUUGAAGUCAAGACAGGGGAUCCAUGUUUUCAUAUAUUCCUGAAAAUUAUUGCAAGCGGCCUGCGCUACUUGUCAAAGGCAUAUGAUAAGAAAAGGGUCCGGAAUUUUGCAUGGCGCCUGUUACCUAACCACGGCAGAGUGUAUCCCAAAGACCAGUCUAUCCAUCAAACAGACUUGGACGCUCUGAGGAACCACCAUGACCUUCUCUGCACUUUGUACUAUUCUGUUCCUGAUGGAUGUCGGCCUCGACUUGAAGCAAUAAAGAACCUUGUGCACCCCGCUAGCUCUCAUCGUGAAACAUGCAAUAUCAGUCUGCGGUCUUGGUCCAGGCUUGUUCGUUUCAAACUCUCCACAGACGAGGAUGUAUCUGGGCUGGAACCGUUUGCCGACUGGCAUUGCUACUUUGUUUCCGAAUUGUUGAAGCAACAUACCUUUGCCCGAAGGGAGGUGGAGGCCCAAAACACCGGUGGAAACCAAUUUUCUCACAACUUGAUCGAGCGGACAAUCUCACAGAAUCAACGUCAAAUCGAAUCGUUGCUGAAAUCCUCUCUUAGUGGCUUGCAGAGUGCUAUUCGGUCUGCCCCGACAUUAGACCACGCCGAGAAACUUGUCUCCAAGGCACCUGUCCCAGCAGUAUUGGGCCUUUUCAACUCCAAGCUGGCUCGCGUGAAUAGUACCGUAACCGAGGCCCUACGGGUGAUAGCGGCUUAUAUGGAGAAAUGCCGCUCCCUGCAUACAGCAGCUGCGGGUGUCGUUUCAGUCACCGCUGACGAAGACAGCCAAGAAUUUGGAGACUGGACGGACAUUGAAGCCUUGUGCGGCGCAGAAUGGUCACCAGUGCGGCCUGGAAUUGAGCACGUGGAAAAGGUUUUCUAUCCAGCUGUGUCCCGGCUUGUUUCUAACUGUUUCGGCGAGGACAAUUGCCCAGAAGACGCAUUACUUUUGGAUGCCAUUGAUUGCUGGACUUCUAUCGCAGAGGUGCUCGUGAAGUAUGGGAUACGGCACUGGGACAACUACCUUAGCCCUUACGAUAGUGACUCUUGGGCAACACUUCGAGCGACAAUGCAGACUAGAAAAUUUACGCCGAAGUUCUUGGCCAGUUGUAUCGAGAAAGACCCUCGGUUUACUUCCGAGUGCAAACUCCAGGUCUUUGCCUUGUGGAUGUCAAGUUUGGUGGAAAGAGAGUCGAUACUCAAGUUCCAACAUUCCCUAACGGAGGCCUUGCUGAACCAAGAUUCAACGAAUCCCGUGCUACAGAACCUGCCAUUUUCGAGGGAUCAAAAAGAUGGGCGAUUUUCAAUUACACCGGAUGACUUCAAACAGCGUCGAGUGUCUCUCAUAUCAAGUCUCCUGUCGAACAUGCGUGCGCAUCUGCAAGACCUGGAAGAACGACGAAGCAAAGACCUUUUAACAACCAAGCAAGAAUGCAGGGAACUUGUUCAAAACAUGAUGUCGUCGAUGAAGGCAAACUACCGGGAGCUAGGUAGCGGCGAAGCAAGUGCGCAAGGCGAAUAUGUUGGCUUCGUUCAUCGCGUCGUUGGUUUCCUGCAACAGCAUACAAGAGACAUUUGCCUUAUCGACCCGUUUUUCACUGAUCCAACAUCAUUUCCAUUACCCUCGACAGACCCCACGUACAUUGUGGCGAGACUCAAGAGCUACGAACCGAAGCUUUCCUCCGAGAAGGUCGCAAAGACGCUGAUCACGUUCAUCCAGGGCGUCUCCGAAAGAGCCGCCAUUGAUGGUCAACAGAACUAUCUUGUUGAGCAGAUGCAUGCGUCUAUGGCAGAUUCUUAUGAAGCUGGUGAUCCGAACAAGCCUACCCUGAGGGCAAUACUGAUUCAAGCGGUAUUUCCGGCUUACCUGGAGACUGUUUUUAGUAAUCCAGCUGCAUGGAUAUUCUGUCGACCGAUUAUUCAUACCGUGUCUCUUACUUUUGAAGAACUGCUUUUCAGUCUGGAUACUAUGGAUCGCAGCUGCGUUUCGUCGAUACUGGGCAUUUUCAACGUCGUCUUUAGAUCCACAUACCGUGCGCUGAGUACUAUAAUCCGAAGACUAGAGAUGCUCAACGAACCCCCCGUUGCGCUCACUGUUGCUUCUUUUAUCCGAAUGAUCAGGUCUUCUUUGCGGGUCGUGGAGUAUGUCGACAGAAUCACUAGCGAAGGCGAGAGUCUCGUUUCACAGGUCCGCUUUUUCCGACAAUUCGUCCUCCUUGCUGCGUCCCACCUGCACAACCAACUCCAGACCGAUGAUCUAGGAGGGUUGAGCCUGUCGUCCAACGCCUUUGCCGCAAGAGAUGGAGACGACACCCCCACCACUGUCCCCAAGUUCUUCCAGAAGAUCCGCCAGUCUGCCGUCCGCGAAUUGCAAGCGUACGUGAACGAGAGCUGGUCCCGACACCGAGGGAAAUACUACUUUACGCGACGUGGUGGCCAGCAGCCGCAGGAGGUCAGUAUUGGACCGGAGGUGGCUGUACAGCUGGAACAACCUCCCGCGACGGUAUUUGACGAUGCCGCUCUGGCAUUCUUUAAUGCCCUCGAGACACUGGGUCUUCUCGGAGAUUCGGACCAGACCCAGAUCCCAAGAAACAGGUAUAUGAGCAUGGACGAGUCAUGGCCGCUUAUGAUUUUUUAG